GGACGGAGGCGGAGGCGAAAGCCUAUUGGACCAGCGCAACUCUUUUCACAACGAGCGCGCUGGCAAACGGCCAGCGUUGUCAAAGCCCGCUGUGUCUCACGUUGCCGUCGGCCUCCAUCGUCAAUUUCAACAUCCGCUCGAUCGUCUCCUCGUCGAGAGCUUUCGCGACCAGGCCUGCUGGACUCCAGUGGCCCUCGGCCGUUUUCAGCAACAGCUUCUUGUUGAUCUUAGCUCGUUCCUGCAUCCACAGGAAUCGCACGCCUAUGUGUCGAACAGCCCCCAAUCCCUGUCUGCGAGAAAUAUCUCUGGCUGCAGAAGCGUCGCUGAAGAUCUGCAACUCCGUCUCGCCACUCGCGCCCACGCCCAAGUCGCGCAGCAUCGCCUGCACUCCAAAACCGCGGCAGGACCCACGCAGUAAUGAGUAUGAUCGGCCUCCCCGCUGCUGAGGCUCACAAUGGAUUGGGCCGUGCUGCCAUGUUUCAGCAGAUGCGAUCCCCAUAAUAUGGCCAUUCCCGUUCUCGAGCGUCUCGCGAUUGGGCCCCCGGCGUAGUCGCUGUCGCAAUAUGCGCUGAUCUUGUCUGGUAGCCCCUGCGCCGGGAACAGCGACCGCCCUGCCGGGUACUUUUCUCUUCAAGUCCUCCAUGUUGUUCUCCCUCGGAUCCUUCCAGACCAGACCGCCGUUGUUCGGCAGUAAGUCCGUCUGCUCCUCGGCGACGUCGGCCACGGCAGCCCGCUGCGCACUGCGGGGGCCAGGACGGGGCGCGCGUCGCCCACCAACCUGCCAAGCUUCGCCUCCAGGGCGAACCGGAUGGUCCUCACUUGCCUCUUCACCUCUCGAACUGCAACUUCGACUCCUCCGUUACUUUGGCGCUCUCCUGGCGGUGACUCUCUCGGCAAGAACUCCACCGUGGGUGCCGCCACUGCGACCGCCGUCUUCAACGCCACGAUCGCCGCCUCCCCAUCGCUCUGGAAGAUCAGCCUGCGGUUGCCCAGAUGCAGGAUGAAGCUCAUCAAGAUCUUGACCAUGAAGUUUGUCACCUUCUUGCCGGGGACCGCCGACGAGCACGGGGGCCUCGUCUUGGAGUCUCUGGCGACCAGCAUCGGGAAGUUGUCCUCCUGGUGGGAGCUGGAGCUAGUCCAGCUCCGCUACCAUCUUCAACUCCUUUUGAGCAACGAUGGACUGCGGCCGGAGCACGAUUCAAGCUGUUCUCAUCCAAACUCGCUCUAGCCGAAACUCGGAACGAUCGGCAUUCAACCGAAACUCCACUGGUUUCAGUAACCGCUCUACACUAUGGGCUGGUCCAAGGAAAACCUAACA